AUGGUCGGGCUGCCCCCGGGCUGGGAGGCCGACUACGACGGCCGCCGCUGGUUCUACACCUACAGGCCGACGGGCCACGCCCAGUACAGCUUCCCCAGCGAGGGCGACGAGUUCCCUCACUUUGUCGACGCCUCGGCCCCGGCCCCCGACCUGGCCCCGGAGGAGCGCCACGAGUCGGAGCAGCAGGUCCGCCGGCAGUCCGAGGGCGGCGGCGGCGGCGGCGGCAACAAGCCCCAAGAGCCCGCCGGCCAACCGCGCAUGUCGGCGACUGCGGCGCACCCCGUGAGCAACCUAUGGGAGGCCGACUUCAAGAUAGCGGCGCACGAGCUGCUCGCCGAGGUCUCGCCGCCGCCGCCGCCCGUCUUUGACCCUGUGGGCAUCGUCGCUGAGAUGCCGACGGAGCACACGCCCGUGUCGCGUAUCGAGAUGCACCCGGAGCCCGCUGAGUUGGGCGACAACUCGAUCCUGGCCCCGGUCGAAAGGGUGGCGUCUCCUUCAGAUCAGCAGCAGGGCCUUCAUCAGCCAUCGUCCGAGGCAGGGCAACAGCCAUCCUACCAGCCAUACACCCCUGACCCGGACAGCACGUAUCUUCGGCCCGACAAGAGGAAAAGCCAAAGCGCGUUUUUGCAGCGCGACGUCUCGCUCAUGCUGAGUCUCAAGCUGCCGGGGAACCUGGAGCCGAACACCGUGCCUCGAGUUCUUUCGCCGCCGCAAAUGCCCCCGAAAGUGCCACCGCAACACGAGGCUCCACGGCAAGACGCUUUCCAGACCGAAAAUGCGCCUUUGGCCACUGAGCCUGUGCGAAGCGACGGCCAAGGCAUGUCUCUGCAACGACCUGCUCAGUCAACGACUCCUCCCGAUUCUCAGUCGUCUUUCCAGCCGGGACACGAAAGGACGCAGAGCCAAGGCGCCCUGUCCAAGUUCCCCUCGGUCCUGAAGCCAGCCCGCGGCAGGAUCGCCGUGACCCCUUCCCAGCAGCAAUCACUCUCUUCUGAGAAGAGAAGCUCCGCUCCGAGUUCCGUGAGCUGGAAGACGACUUGGGAGGCAACCCCUCCUCCGCCCCUGACAGCUCCUCCGGCUUAUGUGCCGUAUCAAAAAGGACCGGAUGACCAGACGGCUCCUCAGCCGCAGAAGGCGUGGCAGGCCGAAGAGCCUCUCCGACAAGCGGGCGUCGGCAUAGCCAAUCCUUCUCUGCGGCAGAGCUCGCCUUGCACUCCUCCCCGACGAGGACCGGGCUCGGCGCAGCAGCAGCCAGGCUCAACAGGCACAGCAUCGCCGGAGCAGGGACUCCGCCGCGCAUCCCCACGCAGUGUGCGAGAUGUAUCUCCGAUUCGAUCGGGAUCCGCGAGCCUCUCAUCUAGGCACCCGAUCAGGACUCCGUCGCCCGUCGAGCCGUUCCCGCGCGGCUCGUCAAACGCAUCGCCCUCCCAGGGCGCCAACGGAGCGAGCUACACGCCCGCGUCGGUGCAUCAUACUCCUGGUUCAGCGCCCCGGAUGGCCACGCAGGAUCGUACACAAGGAAAUCGAGGGCCUACUGUACCAGACAAGAUCCCUCUGGAACACAUGGAUGGGUCAUAUUUCCCUUCGCAGAUGCUGGGACGUGGCGGGCAGAGUCAAGGCCGGCCAGACGCUUCCUCGUCGUCCCUGCCGCUCCGAUAUCCGCCUGAGGAGUAUCCCAUAGGCUUUCAGGUCAAGUCGAAUCUUGCGCAGAGGCGCACAGGUUCGCCCGCGUCUCAGAAAGGUGUCCCAGGUGCUCAGCAGUCAAAUCACCAGACGCCACUGUCGACACCGCACGACUCCGCCGCCUCCACGCCCAACUACAAGCUCGGCCGCAUCGAGGAAGACGGCGAGCGGGGAGCGGUCGCCAAGGCAAAGAUUGUGGCGCAAAACGCUGUUCCCAUAUCGGUGGCCUCGAGCACGCAGCCAUCUCCUCCGGCACGUAUAUCAAGUUUGCAGGCUUACACUUUUUCGGUCUCAGCCGGAGUGCCCACGCAGGGAGAUGCGAACUCACAGAUGUCGGGGCAGACAGGCUCGCCGCCUCGAGAGCAGCACCCGGAGCACUCGAAGACGAGGAUCCCGUCCGAUAGCACACUGUCUUCGCAGGGAAUGGGAAUGCCGUCCAUACGCCUGGUCCAAUCUCGGGAAGGACCGCACGCGGUAGAUUCUGGAUCGUUCGGCCAGCCUUUGCAGUCGCAUCCCAUUGGCAAGACCCCGGUGUACAUGGUUGAGCCUCUGCAGGGAUUGCCCGCAGCUCCUGCUCCGGGGCCUGGGGCGAGCAAGCUGGCUGGGAUGGAUAAGGAGAAGAAGUGGACCAAGUGGUUCAAGAGCUCGAGGCUGUCGCGAAGCCAGAAGGAACAGGCGCACUUUGGCCAGAUGUUGGGGGCUGGCAAUGCGAACCAGCUGCCAACUCGGCCGGCGGAUGGACAGAUAGUUUAG